AUUUUUGAGUGUCUCACUGUAUGUGGUAUUCAAUUCAAUUUUGUUUAGGCAAAUAAGUCGAGUCCCGCGAAGAAUGGGAUUCCAGUAGGAGAAAUAUGGCGGUGUUUGUUCAAUAAAUGCUGUAAAUCUCAGCAGCGCUGGAUUACCUAUAAUGCUGAUGUGGUGAAAAACAAUAUUUAAAGAUGUUGAAAAGGCCUGCAAGUCCUAGUAAUAUUCCAGCCCCAGUGCACAAAGAUGGCAGUAAUUCAUCAAGAACAAGUCCAAGAACACCAAGGAAACUGCCACAAACAUGUGUGCCAGUACCUAAAACAAAGAUACCAUUGAGUGAGACAAAGAUACCUACCCCUGUACCUGCAAGAAAGCAAAGUUCUUCAACAGAGCCAGAUGCUAAUGGUGAAUUAAGAGAUGAAACACAAAAGUCAGGGGUUGUUUAUAUGACAGAGAAUUUGAUCAGAAAAAUGGCAAAAGAGGAUGACCUUCGCAAAAUUUUUAAACUUGUUAUUAUGGUGCCUAAGGACCUUAAUAAGAAAAUUAAGUACAUUGAGAAUCUGGAUCCCCUAGCAAAUUUGCAGAUACUUUCAAUCGCACAUAAUAUGAUAGAGAAAAUGGAAAGAAUGGAUAAAUUAAUGAACCUUCAGAUUCUUGAUUUGUCUGAUAACCUUCUCAGGAAGAUCGAAGGAAUUGAAAAUCUUCACCAGUUAACAAUACUGAAUCUUGAAGAUAAUCAAAUUGAGAACAUACCUGUUUUCAUUGGCAAAAAACUGAAGUGUCUUCGAACUUUUAAAAUCGCACGGAAUCAGUUAAAAUCACUACAUGAGCUGUACAAACUUCGAAGUCUUCCAGAUCUUGUCAAACUCACAGUUGCUGAUAAUCCUGUAUGCACAUUGCAGCAUCAUAGAGAGCUUUCUAUUUUCUUAUUAAGAUCAUUAGAAUCUCUUGAUGGUUUCAAUGUUACAGAGGUGGAGCGGGAGAAUGCUGAUCAAAGAUUUCAGCAAGAAGAGAUACGCUAUCUUGAAGUGGAGCUAGAAAAGGUAGAAAAAAGGCUGCUGCAAUCCGAGGCUGAAAGAGAAAAGGCUGAGCAGUAUGUACAAAUGCUUGAACAGAAUGACAUUAACUUGAAGAAAGAUAAAAAAUUACUAAAGCAAGAAGUGAGCGGUUUGCAACAAGACGUAGAUGCCAAGGAUUCGUUGCUGGAGCGAAAAACCAACGAACUCAGCAAAGCAUGUGAAAAGCAAUACAAGCUGGAGCAGGAACUAGCCUUCUACAAACUAGACACAAAAUUUGACGAAUUUUGGAAGUUUUCAGGAUACGAAGGAGAGCAAGAUGAGGGUGAAUACAUCGACGAGGAUCAAAGUGCUUAUAUUGGGAAAGCGCGGUUUAAACCAAAUUCAAUGGCCAAGGAAAAAAUUCUUCCAUCGAAAGCCCAGAUGAUCAAUUUGAUCAAAAUUGUGAGGCGGAAAGAUGGAGAUGCGAAUGAAAUAAAUCAAAAAAUUGUCAGAGAUCUUGAAGAAGCUUUGAAUGUGGACUUAGAAGAAAAGCAAAAUGCCAUUGCAGAAGCUGAAGAAAAAUUGGAGAGGUUGAAAUCAGGAUUUGAGGGUCGCAAAAUGAUGGGCGGUGAUGCUAAUGAUCAACAGGACACUGUAGAUGCUCCUCAGGGCAUUGCAGGUAUUGAAGAGCGUGAGAAGAUAAGACAAACAAUCAUUGGAUUGAUCCAAGAGGCCAAGGAGUUACAAGCCACUGUGGAUGAGCUGAAGGAUAAAAUGAUCGAAGCUGAGAAGCUACUUGAGGAACGAGACAGUGAAGUCAACAGUCUUCGGGAGCGGAUCGAUGAAAUUUCAGAUAACAAUCCGGAUUACGAUAAACUGAUAUACGAAGCAGCUGCUAAGGAGGAGCAGUGUCAUCAACUUGAAGAGUAUAUGGAGCAACUGACAAGCCUUCUUGCAGAAACAGAGAACGACCUUGCUGAAAAGACUGACACGAUAAGGGCGCUUGAAAUGAAACUGAAAAUGGGAGAGCCUGUAGUCCAAAAAGAAAUGAAACAUGGCUUAGAAGACGUUGUGAAAAAGCUAACUCAACAUCUAGAAGACUUGAAGUCGCAAAUGAUUAGGCAGAAGGAAGUGAACAGCGAUUUGGCGAAGGAGAGGGAUUUUCUUCUACGGAAGGUCGAGCAACUUGAGGAUGAUGCUGUGCAACGGGGUGUUGGGGAGAAUGAACUGGUGAACCUGCGAAACCAGCUUUUAGACAAAGAAAAUGCUCUCAGAGAUGAGAUGGAAAUUAACGAUAAACUUCGAGGGGCGUACGAGAAAAUUUCCGAAAAACUAAACAAGAAAAAGCGACACGUGGGCACUGGAUCACGAAAUGUUUGGUUUGACCCAGAAGUGGAGAGUUUGAAAUCGCAGGUGCAGAGUUCCCGAGAUGAGUCCGAAAGGCUAAGGAAAGAGUUGGAGAGAUUGAGCAAGCAAAGAGAGGCAGAGAGAAAAGCACUUGAAGAACGCCUGGAGCACGGACAGGCAAAGCUAGAUCAAGCUGUACAAGCUGCGAGGGAUGCAGGGGACUACAAAAGGGAGGCGAAGGAGCUUGAUAGACAGUUGCAGAGACUGCAGGCUGAAAAAGCGGCGCUAAAACAACGAAUCAAUAGUCUUGAAAAUGAUUUGGAUAAGGAAAAGGAUGAGUCGGUUCCGUGGAGAAGUUUGUUACAGGAAUUAAAAUCAUUGAUAAAUGAACUGAAUUCAGGAGAUAUCGACCGAAGAUCGCCGGUAUCAGCGGGUGCUUCAAAUAAGGAGAAGAAACUACAAAGGGUGUUUGAAGAUCUGAGAAAUAAGAUUAAGGACGACAUUGAAAGAAACGAGGAAGAGAGCGAAGCAAAGCAAAGGGAAAUCGAAAAGUUUCAGGCCAAGAUUGAAAAACUCCAUGGUGAUCUCACUGCAGCGCAGAGUGAACUGUCAGAAGCAAAUUUGUACGCUCGCGAGCUGGAGCAAGAGGCACAGGAUCACAAGCAGCACCUAGAGCAGACGCAAAGUCGUUUGAAGAAGGCUUUAAAUGAUCGCUCUAAUAAUGAAAGGCUUAUUGAAGAUGAAUUCAGUGCACUACAGGGAAGGCUAGACGAGUCUGAACGAGCAGUUGGAAUGGCAAAAAAGGAGACCAAUAAACUAAAAUCAAAACUUGAAGAAGCAGACAGAAAAAUGCGAGCUGUGGAGCAAUUGGCUAAAGAGGCUGAGCUUGAUUUUGAAACGGCCAAGGCUGAGGUGGCUGAAUUGAAAAGACAGCUCACAAAGGCAACAAAUGACAAAAUUUCACAGGGAAAACGAUACGAAGAUGAAAUCGAUGAACUGAAACGGGAUCUCGACAGACAGUUGAAGCAGGGAGACGAUGAAGUUGAGACAUUGAAGGGCAAACUCAAGUCUGCUGAGAGGCGAAUGAAAGAUUCCGAGCAUAAGGCCAACCAGUUUCAACAAGAGGCAAGCUUGGACAAAUCAAGAAUUCAGAGCCUUGAAAAUGAACUUGAUUCAUUGCAAAAACAGCAGCGAAAGGCCAAAGCUGAUUACAAAAACGAGCUUGUUGGAACGAGAGAAAAGUUUGAGCGUUUACAGAAAGGGUUUGAACAGGACAUCGAGGGUCUCAAGAAUCAGAUCAAAGAAAAUGAAAAAUAUAUUAACCAUCUUAAAGAUCAGAUAAAAAGAGGUAAAAGAGAUUUCCAGGCAGAAAUUGAUGGUUUAGCUGAAGAAAUCUCCGAGCUACAGGCCGAGGUUCUAAAUAAAGAGUCACAGUUCCAUCUGGCCGAGGAAAACAACAGUCGUUUGCUGGAAAACAUUUCAAGAUUAGAGGACGAAAACAAUGCUUUAAAUGAUCAUGCGAAUGCUGUCGAGAAGGAGGCUACAGAAAUGUUAAAGAAUGAGCGGGCACUACACGCAAAAGAACUGCAAAAUUUAGAAGAUGAAGUUGACAAUUUAAAAAGGUUAAUGAAGCAACUGCAGCAAAACUAUAGCAAUCAGGCCUAUGAACGGGAAAGAAAUGCAAUCAAUUCAUUGUCUCAUGAAAUUGAUAACCUAAGAAGAAGAGUCGCUGACACAGAGAGAGAAGCUGAAGGAAGGGAAAUGCACCAUUUGAGUUUUAAAAAAAGACUUUCAGAUGAAAUAGAAAGACUUCGCCAAACGGUUGAUGAUAAAGAAUAUGAAAGCCGGUUGCUUGAUACUAAAAACAAGGCACUUCAUCAACGCAUGGCUGAUGAAAUAGACAAUGCAUUAAGUCAGAUUUCUAAUUUGAAAAGGACGCUUGGUUACCGAGAGCAAGAGCUGGCAUCCCUUCGAAAUUCCACAGAGCCUCUCAUUGCCGAAUAUAGAGGCAAGAUUUCGAAUCUUCUUAAUCAGCUGCAGGCCAAAGAAGAUGAACUGACGCGUCUACAGAUAAAAUUAAACGAAACGCUGAACGGGUCUCAUUACGUCACAGUCAGUGAUCCUCGUUUUGAGCAUUUGCUUCACGAAGUAGAGGUUUUGAAGAGCUCAAUAGCCAACUUGCAAACAAAUGCAACAGCCGUGUUGUCUUCUCCAUUGCAAAGACUAUCUGCAAGACCAACUCCACAGCUUUACACCCCAUUGAGAGCAAGUGCAUUAGAGCUGAAUUCGAAUUCACUCCCACAGUCAAAUGGUUACCAGACCCCUGUAUCGACUGUUCACCAUCAUCACUACGGUGCUGAAAAGGGCAUCCCUGUCGAGAAUGUCCUUGCCACCACAACAGCACCUAACGGCUCCCUUCAUAUUCAUCAUCUCAAGGAUGAUCUAAACAAGAGUAAAAAGAAGAAACGAAGCCAGAAGAAGACAGAUACCUAUGAUGAUGAAUAUUGCAACAUAGCUGAGCAUGAAGACCUGAGUGACCACGUGAAUGCCCUAGAAUCGAGGCUUAGAGAUAGCUCGCUUUCUCGCUCAAAAAUUUCAUCGAAUUCUCCUUUGAAACUUGAACUGAAGCAACUAGAAAACAAGGUUGAAAGUGCUCUAACACGACGAGCCAGGAUCAAACAGCUGAAUAGAUCAGGUUACAAGCAUGUUUGAAAGAUUUUUGGCAAGGAUUUCAUAAUCAGAUUUUGUGCUGUCUGAUAUUAUUAAUCAGGAUGCACGCCCCCGGUCAACAAAUGCUGCCGUCAACUCCACUGCUUAUAGAAGCUUCGUCAUCGUCCGUUGCCAUUUUGAACAGUUGAUACUUUCAGCUAAUUGCAUAAUUUGUGAGGGUUGCAUAAAUUACCACCAGAUUCUGGUGGAAACUGCGGACAGGAUAUUUAUCAAUAUUGCACAGUCCAUAAAUGUGGCAGCAUUUGUGGACUGGGGCGCAGGCUAGCAAAAGACAAGCUCAGCUUGUCAGAAAGCUAAGAACUAAUGGUGUAAUACCGACGGCAUUCUUAAUGCACUGGGCGUCUUCCCAUAGCCUUGUGCCGACAGCGAUCUGGGAUCCAGUUUGUUUUUGAAUUGGUGUACCCGGAUGAAAGGGCCCUGUUUCGGUACAGGCAUACUGUACUGUUUAUACCCACUUAUGUAUGUAUGUUGUGUUAUGUGAUUUCGAGUCCUUGCUAGCUCCUCCGCCAAUCCACCAGGUAGAGCAUUUCGAGACUUGAGAUCAGUAUGCUCCUUUACACCUUGGUGCCCCGUCACCCAUGCCCACAGAGAUAAUGCCAACAAAGGUAUGUUAAUGUGCUGUAGCAGUGUAUAUUGCACUGAUUUAGUGUAACCAUAGAGGCAUAUACCAUACUUUAAAUGUAUAAAUAUUUAUGUACAUGUAUCUAUAGAGAAUAAGGGUUUGUGACCAUAUGUUUGUAAUUCUUUGUCCUUUAUAAAAAUACUCCAGUGUUUUUGAGAUUUUGACGGAUGUAAAUGGUGCGAUUGUUAUAUGGUAUAAUGAAGAGUAAAACAGGACCUUUCAAUGGAAACAAAUUCCAAUUGUGUGUUUUAUUAGAUUUGAAUAGUUGUGACCGCGAUAGUCUGAUGACCUUGUUGAACUGUUCAUUUAUAUCAUUGAACGGAUAUCCCUUUACGAAGAGGUUGUUUUCUACUUCUUGUUAUUUUAAACAUAGCUCCUCAUCACUGGUGGUAACUCUUCUACUAAGUAAAACUAAAUGACGGCUGGAUAGGGCCCAAGUUCCCCAGUCCAAAAAUAGCAUUUUGGGGGCAAAUCUGAGUUA